AUGGUUGAGAUUGCCAACCAUACAAUGCUACUGGGUAUUCUUCAAUACCAUAACGUUAUUCUUAUGGUGAACAUACAGGAAAUAGACCGUAAAGUUCGUGGAAAUUGCGGUGUAGAAAGUUUGAAACUCGGAAGUAGCUACGGUAUAACAACCUUAAAAAUUGCAUCCAGCGAGUCAUUGUUUUCGAUAAGUGAGAUAAGAGGCAUGAAUGAGCGUCCGUGUGCAAAUGGGAUAGCUACUCCUUUCUUCCCUGAUGCGGUAAUGUCGCAUGUGAUACAUUGUCCAGCUCCUGUUGAGUUAUCCAAUUCAGUUCAGUUCGCAUUAAUGACCCGCGAAAAGUGCAUCCGUUGGGUAGAGCAGAUACAUCAUUGUACAGGCUUCAGAGGGGACACAACGUUUGCCCCGGAUGUAGUAGGUAUCUACAGGGCCGUGGAAGCACAAAAUGCAACAGGCCAGAUUGGACAGACAAUUGGACAUGCAAUACUCCGUAAACGUGCAAAACGUCAGCUAAAAGGACCUAGCCUUGAGGGGAGAGAAUGGACGAUCCUUUUUGCUCUGUUGAUAGCAGUUCAGACUCACCGCCAUGGUCGAGACACUGAAGGCCGAAAAGGGGACGAUCCCUGGAACGAGUGGGUGGGAAUCCCCAUCCGUCAUCGAGUUAGUAACAUCCAAUCUCAACGUCGGAUGUAUAAAUAUUUGCUAAUGGAUGAAGAAGCUUGA